AUGAGAGACGGGCGGGUCCGGAUCACUACCUCGCACCGCCUGCACCACCCCAUAUACAAUGACCCGGAAAUCAAACCCGCGCCGUCUCGAGGACUGACGCUGAUGAACGCCCAGGCCCACUACAAGCGCAUGCUUAGUCGAGAGGUCUCGGAGCGUAAGCAGGUUGGAGACAUGGAGAGUCUGUUCCACUCGGAGAAACGGAGGAGAGAUUCUGAAGAAAUGUAG